AUGCGCGAACGCGCGGGACGCGUGAGCGUCGUCCUGCGAUGCAGACCGUUAAACGCGCGUGAGCGGGCGGAGAAGGUGCCGGAGGUGAUCGAGGUGGAUGAACACGGGCGCACGGCGAGCGCGCGGCGGGCGGCGCCGACGGCGAGCGAACGCGCGUCGACGAGCGAGCGGGCGAACGCGAGGACGGCGAGCGGGGAGACGAGAGAUUUUGUGUUCGAUGAUGUGUUCGGGCCGACGUCGACGCAGGAGCGGGUGUAUGAUUCGGCGGUGCGGCCGAUGGUUCGGGACGUCCUGGACGGGACGAAUUGCACCGUCUUCGCGUACGGGCAGACGGGAACGGGUAAGACGCACACGAUGAGCGGUGCGCACGACGCGGAGUGCGAUGUUUUGAGCACCGACGCGGGGGUGAUACCUCGAGCGAUGAUGCAGGUGUUCGAACACCUCGAGAGCAAGGAAUUGGAGCACACGGUGAAGGUGACGUACUUGGAGCUGUACAAUGAGGAAAUAACCGACUUGCUCGGCGCGCCGGCGAGUUCACCCGGGCACAAGCACGUGCACGCUCUGAUGGAGGACGGUAAGGGCGGGGUCGCGGUGAAGGGUUUAGAAGAGGUCUACGUUAGCUCCACCGAGGACGUGUUCGCGGUGCUCAAUCGAGGAAACGCGAGACGAAGGACGGAGGAGACGCUCCUGAACAAACACUCGAGCCGCUCGCACAGCGUCUUCAGCGUCACGGUGCACAUCAAGGACGUGUCGCCGGACGGGGAGGAAUUCGUGCGCUGUGGGAAGCUGAAUUUGGUGGACUUAGCUGGGAGUGAGAAUAUUUCGCGAUCUGGGGCGACGCACAUGCGAGCGAAAGAGGCUGGAGAGAUAAACAAGUCUCUCGUGGCGCUCGGGCGCGUCAUCACGGCUUUGGUUGAUAAAUCUGCGCACGUGCCGUAUCGCGAUAGUAAGCUCACAAGAUUACUCCGCGAUGCCCUUGGUGGUAGGUGCCGGACGUGUAUCAUCGCCACCGUUUCGCCGGCGUCGCACUCGAUCGAAGAGACGCUCAGUACGCUCGAGUACGCGCACAGAGCCAAGAAUAUUAAAAACAAGCCGCCCACAAACGGGAAAGUUCCAAAGAGCGUCUUCCUGAAGGAUUUGCAGGAUUGCAUCGAACGAUUACAAGACGACUUGCUGGCGACUCGGGAGAAGAACGGGGUUUUCUUAUCCAAGAGCAACUACGACGCCGAGCAGAGCGAACACGCCACGGCCAGAAGGCGCGCGGAGGAGCUCGAGAAUGCGCUCGCAUCCAUGCAAGCCGAACACGACAAGGUCACUCGUAUGUUCGAUAAAACGAAGAAGAAUUUCUUGCAGUUGAAAGAACAGCACGCGGGUGUUGAAAUUGCGCUCGUUGAAACGAAGGAGUACUUGCGCGAGACGGAGAGCGAGCUCAGCGAUACGAAAAAGGUUGCUGAGGAGAAGGAGUAUUUGCUCGACACGCUCGAGAAGAAGCACGACGCGGCAGCUUUGGUGAUAAGUACCAUGGCGGAAGAUCUGGGCGCUGCGCAGCACGAGGCGGCCGCAUUAUUCGACAAGAUAGCUCGUCAAGAAAGUGUAGCCACGUCAAACACGGAAUCCGUGCUCUCGAUCAAAAAGUCUAUGGGCGAACGUCUGGAGAAGAUGGUGAGCGAUUUGGCGGGUUGGCAAAAGGUGGAGCGCGACACUCGGGCUCACAUGAAACGAGUCAUGGAUGACUAUAUGUCUCGGAAAGAGAAAGAGGUGGAGACACUUAAGGAAGCCGUCAUGACGAUGGCGCACGCGGUGGAGCAGGCGACUCGGCAGGCGAGUGAGCAAGCGAGCUCGAGCAUGCUUCAGAGAGCUGAAAGGUUGGAGCAAGAAGCUAAGGCGCUUCGCGCGGACUCCGACGUGAUCCAACAGGUGAUGGUGCAGAACGUCGUGGUCGCGAGGCGUGGUCGCGACGAAACCGUGGAGUCGCUGUUGCGGUCACUCACGAGCGAUCGCGAGGCAUUCUCAGAUCUUGCAGAAACCGUCGCUGACACGUCAGAGCGCGGUCACGCCGAGUUUGUGUCCAAGCACGUCGAUGAUCUGGGCGCGAUCAGAAAGGAGUUCACAAACCAACUAACCACCGCAAUCAAACCCGAUUUGCGCACCGGCACGACUCCGGCGCGAGAGCACGCGCGAGUGAUGCUCGCAGAGCCCGUCACUCCGAGUGCGUUCACCUUUAACCGCGAUGAAGCCCUCUCGCGCCGGACGAACGUCGACGCCAAGCGCUCGCGUCCGCCCCUCUCACCGAUCGGCGGCUCGCGCUUGAACUAG